UUGAAUAAUUAGCAACUAACUUGAUUCCUUAGUCGUUCCUGUCUUCCCCUAGUGCACGGUGGAGUAAGGAGAGAAUCCCAAGAGAAGCAAUUAUAAUGGCAUUCUCUGUCUCAAUACCAACUGCUUCUUUCAACUGUUUUAGCUCUUCAAAUCUAUCUUCCUCUCCAUCUUCACCCUUCAGGCCCUUCAAAAUUCCUCCUUUCUGGCCAUGGGAAAAGGUGAAGAUGGGCCCACUGACUGUGUCUCCAAUGGGGUUUGGUACUUGGGCAUGGGGAAACCAGCUUCUUUGGGGUUACCAAGAAUCAAUGGACACUGAGCUUCAACAAACUUUCAAUUUGGCUGCGGAGAAUGGAAUCAAUCUUUUUGAUACUGCUGAUUCUUAUGGAACUGGCAGAUUAAAUGGACAGAGUGAAAAGCUUCUUGGCAAGUUCGUUCGAGAAUUUCCUAGAAAGCAGACACGAGAUGACAUUGUGAUUGCUACAAAGUUUGCUGCAUAUCCAUGGCGUUUAACACCUGGGCAAUUCGUGAAAGCUUGCAGGGGUUCACUGGAAAGGUUGCAACUGGAGCAACUAGGCAUAGGUCAAUUACAUUGGUCGACUGCAAAUUAUGCUCCUCCGCAAGAAUUAGCACUCUGGGAUGGUUUAGUGGCAAUGUAUGACAAGGGUUUAGUUCGAGCUGUUGGAGUGAGCAAUUAUGGACCAAAGCAGCUUGUAAAGAUACACAAUUACCUCAAAGCCCGAGGAGUACCACUAUGCUCAGCGCAGGUACAAUUUUCUUUGCUAAGCAUGGGAAAAGAUCAGAUGGAAAUCAAGGAUAUAUGCGACUCUUUGGGAAUCCGCUUGAUUGCUUAUGGUCCUCUUGGACUUGGAAUGCUUACUGGAAAAUAUACAUCAUCAAAUCUUCCUCUAGGGCCUAGGGCCCUGCUAUUCAGGCAAAUUCUUCCUGGAUUGGAGCCUUUACUAAUUUCAUUAAGAGAGAUUGCACAAAGAAGGCGUAAAACUCUGCCACAGGUUGCUAUAAAUUGGUGUAUCUGCAAUGGUGCCAUUCCAAUACCUGGAGUUAAGACAAUUAAACAAGUAGAAGAGAAUCUGGGUGCUCUUGGUUUCCGACUAAGUUCAGAUGAGCUGCUUCAGUUAGAAUAUGCUGCUCGCGAGUCUCCCCAGAAAAUGAUCCAGAACGUCUUUCAGACCAGAUGACUUUAGGAUAAAAGUCCUUGUGAUGAAAUCAAAGACAUGGAUCACACACUAGCUGAAGCAGAAGGUGAGGAUGAGCACAAAAGGAUGUUUCACAAGCAGGUAAAUAUGUGGCAAAAUGACAAUAUUGACUUGAGGUGCGAGUCCCUAGAACCAUGUUUGGCAGUGUUGAAAGGGCUGGAGAAGGUUCAUGGUCCUGUAAGCUGUAGUCAGGAAAGAAGAACAAGGCUUCACUAAGAAAAUCCUGUCAAUGUCGGCCAUUUCAUUGACUUAAUUAAAGAUGUCUUUAUCCUGAGAAUUAUGGAGAUAAUAUUUACUUCAAUCAGCACAUACCCCUGGCCAUUUAUUUUAGCCAAGACUGGGAUGGCAAGCAGGAAUGACGAACUGAAAUUAAUUACACAGUUGUUUUGGUAAUUCGGUGAGUUAAUAUUUUUAGAAGGUGUUUUGGUUUACAAGUUUUGUCGAGCUGAUAGAUGUGUUUUAUUCAAUAAUUACAUUAAAUUUAUUUAAUAUAAUUUAAAAUUAGCAGCCGAUAGCUAAUUUAGUUCUAACCAA